AUGUCCACUAAUGAUAUAAAGGUCUUUUUGGAUCUUGUCAAAAAUGCUCAAGAAAUUAGAGAUAUUGGACAAAUAUUAGACUAUUUCAAUCAAUAUGCUGGAGCUCGUAUAGACGCCAACGAUGACCCCAAUCAUGAAAAUGUCUAUUUAGAAGAUUUCAAAACACUUGAAAAGUUGCCAGAUUUGAUUGAAGCUUUAUGGUGGAGAUUAGUCAGCCCAAGUGAAUUAACAACUAAAGCUAGAAGCUUUAUGAAAAUUUGUAUAGACUAUGCCAUUAGUAGAUUAUCAAAGGAAGAGGGAUCCAAUGAUUACCUUCGAUUAAUAAUUGUAUUAUUUUCACCAAAACCAUACACAAGAUCCGAAUAUCGAUUUUCAAAUGAAUACAAUAAUGAAAAGAGCAUUCCAAACAAGAUCUCUGAAAAUUUAAUUCAUUAUUUUGGUCAACUUAGUGGUAUUGAAUUAAUUAAAGAAAAGAUCAAAGUUCAUAAAUAUUCUUUUGAUACAUUAAAGAAAUUAUUAAAUAUUAUUAAAAAGUAUUCAAAGAAAAUGGAAACACAAGAUACUGAACAAGAUAUUGAACAAUUUGUAAAGCUUGUAUUUAGCAAGGUACUUGGAACCAGUGAUGAAGAGUUUAAGAAUGAAAACAAAAAAGAUAUGGAUCUGAUUAUAAAGUAUCUUAAUAGUAUCAUUGUCAACACUACCGACAAUCAAACUCGUUUUGCAGAUAUCAUUCAAACCUUUAGCUUGGAUGUUGCAUUCAAAUGUUUCAAAUCACCAUCACUCGAAAAGAGAAAUGCAGGUUUAAAUGAUAUCAUCAAGUAUACUAAAAUCAAUGAAGGUUAUUUAAUGUAUAAACAAGGAAACACAAUUUCUCAAGAGAAAUUGGUAAAUUGGAUUAAAGAAAAUAAGAUUGUAGAGAUUUUAUAUGGUGAAACGAUGCAUAUGCAGUUACUACAAAAAUGUACAGAUAUAUUAAAGUUCCUUGUAGAAAAGAAAGUUUUUGAACGAAAGUAUCUUGAUCUCAUGUGGAAUGCCGCCGAGGGCAAACACGAGACCAUCGAGAAUGUAAUCUAUGAAACCAUCGGCAAUAUCUCGCAGGUGUUGCCACUCUGCGAAGUCGAGUAUUUGUACCAAAAGAUAAAGGAAAUUCCACUCUCGCAAUACACUAACCAAACCCUGCAACUCAUCUCGUGUCUCACCCAGCAUCGUACUCACCACUACAACAGUAUCAAUGCCAUCGACAGUGACAUUUCGUCCUCUCCCAAUUAUUCACCUUCCUCCUCGUCUGUUCAACAACAACAACAACAACAAGGUCAACAACAGUCAUCAUCUCAACCACCUUCACCAACUUCAUUGGUACAAAAUCAAACGAUUGUAUCAAGAGGUCUUGAGAUCUUUUGGAUGCUCAUCCAGGAUGACAGUGAGGUUUCGUUAGAGUUGGCACAACAGGCUUUGUACCAUCUCCAAGAGACUCUCAACUUCCACUCGUCGUAUCGCACCGAGUAUCUUCAAAAGUGUGUCGACAAUAUCAAGAACCACACCACUGUUCUCUACUCGCUUCGUAUCAUUCAAAAUAUCAUCAUUACACACAGUGAUCGUCUCCGUUCACAGAGAUAUCAGAGUGGCAACACUGGGACCAUGGUCAUGAUGGGUGGUAACCAACAAGCCCCGUCCAUGCAAGACAUCCCCGCCAACUGUAUUCGUCAAGUCGAUGAACAAACCCAUUUGAUUCACAUCUUUUUCCAACACCUCACCUACUACAAGUCCGAGUGUGAGGCUGCCAUCUCCAAGAUGAUGAUCGUAGAUGGAGUCGACCAUUCAGUCUGUGAAACCGUCCUCCAAGGAAAACAUAAUCACUUUGAACAAAUUAAUGAUUAUCUCAAUUUCCUCUACUUUAUUUUCGAUCAAGGAAAUUAUCAAAUCACAAAUGAACAACUUAAUAUUCUUUGGCAAGUAUUUGUUGUUAAUCCAAUCUCUCCAAAAGAUCGUGAUACUUUCUUUAAAUGGACUGAAAAAUGUCUUUAUAAUUUAAAUGAAUCACAUUUAACUUAUAUUUUAAACAAAUUUGAAGAAAUUUCAUUUGUUGAUUUAGAACAAUCAGGUGCAUCAUUAUAUAUUACUUGUAUGAAACAAGUUAAUAAUAAUAUUACCAAUGAAACAUCUCAAUUGAUUGGUGUUGGCACUUUAUGGAGAAUGGCAUUAGAAUCAAAAAAUGAAGAAGUUGGUAAAGAAACUAAUUCAUUCUUGAUUGAUUUGUAUAAAUAUAUUCGAUCAUUAAAUCAUAAAGAAGAAUUUUUAAUAUUUUGUAUGAAAAAACUAUCAGAAAUUCCAUUGGAAAGUGCAAAGAGUGGAGAAGGAAACAGUACGGUAAUGAGAAUUCUAUCGUUGAUGAAAAUCUAUGUAGAAUUUUAUGGUGGUACUGUAUCUGAUUCUUUCCGUAAAUGCUUUGCUCCAUCGAUCAAUGUCACUUUUAGCAACCAAAAGAUGAGACAAACACUUCAAGUUCGUGCAAGCGAGCGAGUUGGUGAAAUCAAGAACCGAUUAGGUAGCAUUCUCAAGGUUCACCCAGGUUGUCUUGCACUGUUCCAUCAGAGCAAGCCAAUGCACCACGACUGGGAGACGUUGGAUGAUUACCGUGUCUGCAACCAAGACACUAUUUUGGUCAAUGAAAUGAGCGAACCACGUGCAUUUACCCAAAAUGACGAUCAAAUCCAAUUGGACUUUGACCAGAGCAAGUUCUCACUACUCUUUUCAUUGUUGUCGAUCGAGUCGAUUGCACCUACUCUUUGGGAGGUGUUGAUGUUGUUGCCAGUCAAUCGUCACUUUGUAGACGUGUUGUCGUCGAUUACCAAUGAAGCUGCUUCGGGUAUCAACUGGGAGCAGUUGCUUGACCAUCAGUCUGUCUUUAAGUUGUUGUACACGUUGUUGAUCAUCGAUCGCUUUGCCUCGGGUGCCGAAUGGCGUGCCCACUUUAUCGAGAGUGGAGGUCUCAAGGAGUUGAUUAAUAUCCUCAUGACGGUCGACUUGCAACACGAGUCCAAGGGACCCAAGCGCAAGAAAUGUCUCACUCUGCUGCUCACCAUCAUCACUCCAAUGUUGUAUGACCAAAACUAUAUGAUCAAUUUGACAUUGCUCGGCGUACCACCCUCUCACUUUUUGUCACGUUUGCUUGACCUCACCUGGAACCAGGCACAAGAGACGACCAAGGAAGAAGAGGAGCAGUUUACUCUUCACCACUUCCUCACCGAUGAUGGAGAGGUUAUUCAAAACCUCAUGUGGCUCAUCUUCUCGUUGUUGGCUUUGCCUGACCAGUUGGAGAUGUUUUGCAAGCGUCCCAAUAUUAGCAAGUGGAUCUUUUUGCUGCUUGUAGAGAGCAAGGACGUGUCGGUUCGUGACUGCGCCUUUAACCGUCUCGAUCAAUUCUGUUCCACCAGCGAUCAGGCACACAGCUUUUUCCUUGGCAAAUGUCUCGAGAUUGUGCAAGAGACUGUUGGAUCGGAUAAGCACUCGUUUACCUCGUCGCAAUUCUUUACAUUGUUUGGUAGAUUGCUCACACAUAGCUGUCAACCCAACCAUAUCUAUCACCAACAACAGCAGUUGUCUGGUGGAUCAUCACAACCAUCACACCCAAUCCAACCCGAGCAGGUUAUUAUCGACCAGUACUCUGGUCUACUCAACAACUUGGUCAAGUGGAUCAAGGAGCAUCCAGUCGUCGAGACACAAAACAAUCUGAUUCAACCCGACCAAGUAAUCAUUGGAUUGAUCCAAUUGGUGACUACGCUAGUUCGUGCCAGUCACACCUUCAAGGUGGAAGCUGGAUUCAAUCAAGAUUUGGUUGGCGAGAUCUUCCACCAAUGCCUGUUUGACAUUGCGACUGCCGAGAAUCACGGUCCACUCUGUCCACCAAAGUGCAAGACCAAGGAGAGCAGAGAUGUAUGUUUUACGUUGCUUCUCGAGCUUGCCAAGGACUGUGCCGAAAACUACUCCCGUCUUGUCCAACUUCUCAUCCUCCAAAACAAGCCAGAUGAAAAGAGAGCACUCUGGAACUAUCAGCCAACCGGCACUGAAAAGUCUGGCUGUGGCUAUGUCGGUCUCAAGAACUUGGGUGCCACCUGCUACAUCAACUCGUUGAUGCAACAGUUGUUUAUGAUUCCCGCUUUCCGUUAUUCGAUUUUACAGACGGACGAAGUCAACCCAACCAACGAGAGUCUGCUCCAACAACUCAAGAUCAUCUUUGCCAACCUCCAAGAAUCUGAAAAGCGAUCACACGAUCCCAAAGACUUUUGCACAGCCUACAAGUAUGACGGCCAACCCAUCAAUGUCUACAUUCAGAUGGAUGUCGACGAGUUUUUCAACAUGCUCUUUGACCGUCUCGAGAACCAACUCAAAGGCACUGAAAAUGAAAAGUUGCUCAAUGACUUUUUCGGUGGUAGCACUGUCAACCAGUUUAUCUCUCAAGAAUGUCCACACGUAUCGGAACGUGAAGAAUCAUUCUACACUGUCAGUGUAGAGGUAAAGAACAAACGUGACAUUUUAGAGAGUUUGCAAUUGUUUGUUGAAAGUGAAACACUUGACGGUGACAAUAAGUACUUUUGUAGUCAAUGCUCUCAAAAGGUAAAGUGUUUGAUGAGACGUUGUGUCAAACAACUUCCAAACACUCUUAUUCUUCACAACAAGAGAUUCGAAUUUGAUUUGGAUUUAAUGCGUCGUACAAAGAUUAAUGAUGCUCUUCGUUUCCCAAUGACCCUCGAUAUGGCUCCCUACACUAAAGAAUAUCUUGAAAGAAAGGAAGCAAUUGAAAAGGAAAAAGAAAAACAACAAUCAAAUCAACAAGAUGGUGAAAAUGGUGAAAGUGGUUCAACUCAACCAGCAGCUGCUGAACUACAAGAAGAAAAGAAAUCUUUGCCACAAAUGAAACCAGCAUCAUAUUAUCAAUAUGAAUUAUCUGGUAUUUUGGUUCAUUCUGGUACAGCCGAUUCAGGUCAUUAUUAUUCAUUUAUCAAGGAACGUGAACCACAUCCAGCAUCUGGUCAACAGAGACGUUGGAUUCAAUUCAAUGAUCAAUUGACCGAGAUUUUCAACCCAGAGGAUAUUGCCAAGGCAUGUUUUGGUGGUUAUGACCAACCAAACGACAAGGGUAUCAUGGGACGUCCCACUCCACGUUACAACAAUGCCUACAUGUUGUUUUAUGAACGUGUUGGAUACAGCGAGUCGUUGGGAGCCAAGCAAAACUUCCAAAACCUCACUCCCACCCAACAGAGCAAGUUGGUGCCACAAGACAUUUUCAAUCAAGUGUGGAAAAAGAAUAUGAAAUUCCUCAAUGACAAGAAUAUCUUUGACCAGAGUUACUUUAACUUUAUUGCCGAAGUGUUGCGUAUUGAUCCAAUCGCCACCACUCCCAAGAAUAUUCGCCUGUCACAACCAUUUGACCAAUCAAUGAUGGCAAUCGAGCUGGGUACCCGUUUCAUCAUUGAAACCAUCUCUCAUUCCAAGGAAAGAAAGCCACUCCCAGACUUUGUCGAUCAUAUCAUUCGCAUGUACGGACGCAAUCCAGAUGCCUGUGCAUGGUUGCUCAGUACCAUCAUUGAAAAUCCUACCUGGAUUAAACAAAACAUGUUGGUUUGUAUCACUACUGAACCAAGAGAAUCACUCGCCAAGAUUCUUUUCCAUGUUUUAAAUGUCUUAAUCCCAACCGAAAGACAUCAAUAUCUUGAUUUUGAACCAACUAGAAAUAAUAAUAAUAGUAAUAAUAUAGUUACACCAACAACAGUUCAACAACAACAACAACAAGUUGUAGGAGCACAUCGUCAAAAAGGUUUUAAUCAACAGUUGCAAGAAGAAAAACCAAUGGAUUUGGACAAGAAACCAUUAAAAUCAAUUAUUGCAAAGGAUGAUGGUAUUAGAAUUGGAGAUUUGUCACCAAACAAUAGUGAUGAUGAAGAAGAAGAAGAGGAAGAAGAAGAGGAAGAUAUGAUACCCAAAUCAUUGGUUGCUCAUUUCCUCGAUGUCUAUCUCGAGUUUAUCAAGGAUGCACCCAAUUAUUGGAAAAACUUUUUACAAUACUUUGGAUUUAUCAGAGACUUUUCACUUGUUGGAUGGGAGGAACGUGCUCUUUUGUUGAACCGUAAUGUAUUGUUGCACUUGAUUGACUUUUACAUGGGAGAGGAAUCACCAAUGCGCGAACCACACCAAAAAAAGACAAAGAUGGGCGACAAGUAUGCACAACCACAGUAUGCAGGCAUGCUAGAGACCAUCUCUAUUCUCUGUCGUUCGGCACACACCAAGUACACUAGCCAACUCGACGCAGACAAGGCCAUUUCCUGCUUUAAUGAUCCACUCAUUCACAUAAACGACGACGACUAUGAAAUGUUGAUCAAUCCAGCCUUUAUCGUAAAGACAUUGCGUGACCAGAUCCAACAAAAGUCGACCAACGAGAUUAUUACCCAUCUCUGUUAUGGUGACCUCGACUACUCACUCCAAUUGAUUGGCGCCAUUGAACAAUUUGACAAUCGUUCAUCACUCGACGCCUUGUUUGUACUCAUUGAACUCGACGAUGAAUUCCAAUACGAACGUUGUGACCGUGCCAUUAGAGCCUACAUUAAUCUACUCGACGAUGCCGGUAGCAUGGCCAAGCAACGUACCUAUGCCACCUACACCAAGUCGAUCAUUGACUUGGCAUCGAGCAAGCCAUCGGUCAAGCAAUGGUUCAAACAAAACUUGGACGAAUGGGCCUUUAACUGGUUGGUCAAUGAGUCGUAUGACGUUAGAAACGAUGCAUUCAAUCUCUUGACAGACAUGUUUGAGUUUACAGAGUUGGAUUACACAUCGACCGGUGGUUCUGACUUUAUCUAUCCACAAUUGACCGACAACCAACUCGGUCAAAUCCGUCGUCUCUAUGAAAGUUUGGUCAGCAAUCUCCAAGACGUCAAGAAUGUUGUCACUGGCAACGACAAGGAAUCACGUAUCUACAACCGCUACGAAUCCUAUAUCAAAUUGAUGACAUUUUGUUUGCUCAAUGAUCCAGAGCUCAAAGAGACUUUCAAAGACAUUAGCAAGAAUGCACUCAAGAUUCUUUCCGUCUUUAUCACGAUCAAUGCAGCCAUUGAAAAGAACCGUCAAGAGAUGAUGCACUUUGUAGCCACCAUGAUCCAAGACCACCCAGAGAAUCUAAAGAUCCUCCUCGCCAACCCAUUUGCCACCAAAUUGAUGGACUAUUUCAUCAGUAUUUCACCAAAGGAGGAUUUGAAGUUGUACAAUGCAAAGUCACUUCCCUAUCUCUAUCGUGUCUUGUUUACACUGAUCAAAGUGUCACCAGAGAUUGCCCAAAACGUGUGUGGACACAACAACUAUUGUUGGGCACUCAACUAUAUCUACUUGGAGUGUGGAGAGUAUGCUGAAUCGGCCCGUUGGCUCUUUGAAAUGACUGAAUACUUUAGCGUCAAGUACCCACAGCAAAUGACCAAGAUUCUAUCUUCUUGUCUCAGCUUCCACAACUUUUCCCACUAUCCUCCCCAUCUUGCUCCUCUCAUGUUGCUCAUCCUCCAAAAGAAACGUGACGCUGCUCUCUUUUUCAAUAUUUGUCGUAUUAAUUCUGAUAGUUCAUGGAUCCCAAUUGAAGCCAUUCUCAAAUCUCUCAAAUCUAAAUGUCUUCAAUAUGAUCCAAGUAUCAAUAUUAAAAUGUUGGAUCUAAUCUAUAGAAUUUUAUUUUUAGUUAGAAAAGAUAAUCAAAAUAAUAAUAAUAUGACGAUGACAAAUACUCCACCUCAAUCAGCAUCAUCACCAAAGGAUGCAAUUAUAAUUGAUGGUAUUGCAGGUGAAGAAAAUGUUGUUCAAUUACCACCACCUCAACAACAAAAGAAGAUUGACGACGUUCAAGUUUCAAUUUGGGAACCAAACAAUCCUCAACUCAAAUUUGUUGUAACAAGUCUUUUCCAAUUCUUUGAAAAUCAACCAAUGUAUGCAUCAAAUAUUGUUAAAAUCUUUAACCUUAUUGCAUUGGAAUCUCCAAUUGGUUUGAUCAACAUUCUUUCAGAUUGUCUAAACAAAAAGAAUACUCAACCUGUAAAUAUUAGUCAACAACAACAACAACAACAAAAUCAAAAUAACAAUAAUAAUCAAAAUAAUAAUAAUAGUCAAAAUUCUCAAGAGAUUAUAUUGGUUGGAGUAAAUCAACAACAAUUACAACUUGAAGAAUUUUAUGGACAAAUGAUGGGUAUUGUUGAUUUGGCAAUGCAAAACACCAAUCAACCACCAGUUCAACACAAAGGUUUCACCAUUAUUCUAAAGUUGAUUAAAGAGAUGAUUUCGGUUGGAUUGGAUCGUGGUUAUGUUGCCAUGGUGGAAUUGGCUCAAAAGAACCCAAUCCAUCUAAAGGAUGAAGAAAAGGCAUCGGUUGUAUUAUUUGCCAUCACCAAUCCACAUACUCUUUCGCAUCACCAAGACUUUUUCGCCACUGUCAAACGUUUCUUUGUAGAGAUUGAACAUUACCUCUCCAAUCAAUCAAAUCAAGUUUUGGCUAGUGUCAUUAGAAUCGUUGAAGAUCAAAUCAACGUCUUGAUUGCUAGUAUUAAUUCUCUAAACUCUACAUUGACAGAUUUUAAUCCAAACCAACAACAACAACAACAACCAAUGAAUAAUGUUACAGAAGAGAUUGAAAAGAAUAUGUCAAACCUUACAGAUUCACUCAAAUCAAUUGAAAUUAUGAGUGGCAAUGCAGAUGCCACUGCUCAAAUCUCUCAACUCUUUGAUAUUUUAAAACCAUUUAGUUCUCAAAUCUCUGAUACCAAUGAUCAGGCUAAACGUUUCAAAUCAACUUUAAUCGAAUUAUCAAAAAAAAUCACAAAUUAA